GCUGCGGGUGCGGCGGCGGCGGCGCGUGUGCCCCGCACAGGGGAGGGCGCCCGCCCCGCUCCCGGCCCGACUGCGAGGAGGAGGCGGCGGCGCAGGAGGAUGUACUUGGUGGCGGGGGGCAGGGGGCUGGCCGGCUCGCUGCUGGGGCUCUUGCUGCUGCUGGCGCGCUCUGGCACCCGGGCGCUGGUCUGCCUGCCCUGCGACGAGUCCAAGUGCGAAGAGCCCAGGAGCUGCCCCGGGAGCAUCGUGCAGGGCGUCUGCGGCUGCUGCUACAUGUGCGCCCGCCAGAGGAACGAGAGCUGCGGCGGCGCCUACGGGCUCCACGGAGCCUGCGACCGGGGGCUGCGCUGUGUCAUCCGCCCCCCGCUCAAUGGCGACUCCAUCACCGAGUACGAAGUGGGCGUCUGCGAAGAUGAGAACUGGGAUGAUGACCAACUGCUUGGUUUUGAACCAUGCAAUGAAAACCUUGUCUCUGGCUGCAAUAUAAUCAAUGGGAAAUGUGAGUGUGACACCAUUCGAACCUGUAACAAUCCCUUUGAGUUUCCAAGGAAGGAUAUGUGCCUUUCAGCUUUAAAGAGGAUUGAAGAAGAGAAGCCAGACUGCUCCAAGGCCCGCUGUGAAGUCCAGUUCUCUCCACGUUGUCCUGAAGACUCCGUUCUGAUCGAGGGCUACGCUCCCCCCGGGGAGUGCUGCCCCCUCCCCAGCCGCUGCGUGUGUGACCCCGCGGGCUGUCUGCGGAAAGUCUGCCAGCCGGGAUACCUGAACAUACUUGUGUCCAAAGCCUCAGGGAAGCCGGGAGAGUGUUGUGACCUCUAUGAGUGCAAACCAGUUUUCAGCGUGGACUGCAGCACUGUGGAGUGCCCCUCCGUUCAACAGGCCGUGUGCCCCCUGGAUAGCUACGAAACUCAAGUCAGACUCACAGCGGAUGGUUGCUGCACCCUGCCAACAAGAUGCGAGUGUCUCUCUGGCUUAUGUGGUUUCCCCGUGUGUGAGGUGGGAUCCACUCCCCGCAUAGUCUCUCGUGGAGAUGGGACACCUGGAAAGUGCUGUGAUGUCUUUGAAUGUGUUAAUGAAACAAAGCCAGCCUGUGUGUUCAACAAUGUGGAAUACAGUGAUGGAGAUAUGUUUCGAAUGGACAACUGUCGGUUCUGUCGAUGCCAAGGCGGUGUUUCCAUCUGCUUCACUGCCCAGUGUGGUGAGCUGAACUGCGAGAGGUACUAUGUGCCUGAAGGGGAGUGCUGCCCCGUGUGUGAAGAACCAACCUACAUCACAAUUGAUCCACCUGCAUGUGGGGAGUUAUCAAACUGCACCCUGACAGAGAAGGACUGCAUUUAUGGUUUCAAACUUGAUCACAAUGGCUGUCGAACUUGUCAGUGCAAAAACCGGGAGGAGCUUUGCACAGGCCUCAAGCGGGGCUGCACCCUGGACUGCCCCUUCGGCUUCCUGACCGACGCCCACAACUGUGAGAUCUGUCAGUGCCGCCCACGCCCCAAGAAGUGCAGACCCAUCAUCUGUGACAAGUACUGUCCAUUUGGAUACCUGAAGAAUAAGCACGGCUGUGACAUCUGUCGCUGUAAGAAGUGCCCAGAGCUCCCAUGCAGUAAGAUCUGCCCCUUGGGUUUCCAGCAGGACAGUCAUGGCUGUCUUAUCUGCAAGUGCAGAGAGGUCCCUGCUUCAGCUGGGCCACCCAUCCUGUCAGGCACAUGUCUGUCCAUGGAUGGCCAUCAUCAUAAAAAUGAGGAAAGCUGGCAUGACGGGUGCCGGGAAUGCUACUGUCACAAUGGACGGGAAAUGUGUGCUCUGAUCACCUGCCCAGUGCCUGCCUGUGGCAACCCCACCAUUCAUCCGGGACAGUGCUGCCCAUCAUGUUCAGAUGACUUUGUGGUGCAGAAGCCAGAACUCAGCACCCCCUCCAUUUGCCACGCCCCUGGGGGAGAGUACUUUGUAGAAGGAGAAACGUGGCACAUCGACAGCUGUACUCAGUGUACCUGCCACAGUGGGCGGGUGCUGUGUGAAACAGAGGUGUGCCCACCACUGCUCUGCCAGAACCCCACGCGCACCCAGGACUCCUGCUGCCCACAGUGUCCAGAUGAACCUCUCCAGCCUUCCUCAUCCCAUAAUGACAGCGUGCCUAGUUACUGCAAAAAUGACGAAGGGGAUAUAUUCCUGGCCGCUGAGUCCUGGAAGCCUGACGUGUGUACCAGCUGCGUGUGCCUGGAUAGUGUGAUUAGCUGCUUCUCUGAGUCUUGCCCUUCUGUAUCCUGCGAAAGACCUGUUUUGAGAAAAGGCCAGUGUUGUCCCUACUGCAUAGAAGACACAAUCCCAAAGAAGGUGCUGUGCCACUUCAGUGGGAAGGCCUACGCCGAUGAGGAGCGCUGGGACAUUGACAGCUGCACACACUGCUACUGCCUGCAGGGCCAGACCCUCUGCUCAACUGUCAGCUGCCCCCCGCUGCCCUGCGUCGAGCCCAUCAACGUGGAAGGAAGUUGCUGCCCGAUGUGUCCAGAAAUGUAUGUCCCAGAACCAACCAAUAUACCCAUUGAGAAGACAAAUCAUCGUGGAGAGAUUGACCUGGAAGUCCCCCUGUGGCCCACACCUAGUGAAAAUGACAUUAUCCAUCUCCCCAAAGACAUGGGUCACCUCCAGGUAGAUUACAGAGACAACAACAGGCUGCAUUCAGGUGAAGAUUCUUCGCUGGACUCCAUUGCCUCGGUUGUGGUUCCCAUAAUAAUAGGCCUCUCUAUUAUAAUAGCGUUCCUCUUCAUCAAUCAGAAGAAACAGUGGAUACCACUGCUUUGCUGGUAUCGAACACCAACUAAGCCUUCUUCCUUAAAUAAUCACCUGGUAUCCGUGGACUGCAAGAAAGGAGCCCGUGUCCAGGUGGACAGCUCCCAGAGGAUGCUGAGAAUCGCGGAACCGGAUGCGAGGCUCAGUGGCUUCUACAGCAUGCAAAGACAGAACCACCUACAGGCAGACAACUUCUACCAAACAGUGUGAAGCCAGGCAACUUGGAUGAGGUUUUGAAAGACAGAAAAACGACUAAACCUGCUCUUAAAAGUAAACUAGAAUUUGUGCACUUGCUUAGUGGAUUGUGUUGGAUUGUGACUUGAUGUACAGCGCUGAGAACUUACUGGGAUGGGCUCUGUCUACAGCAGUGUGCAGAACAAGCAUUCCCACUCUUCCUCAAGAUAACUGACCAAGUGUUUUCUUAGAACCAAAGGUUUUCGAGUUGCUAAGAUGUAUUUGCUUGUAAUAUAGCUGUAGAGAUACUUGGGGGCGGGGACAGUGAGUUUGGUUGGGGAACAUGGGUGGGAGGGAGGUGUUGGGAAGACAAACUGGUCAGCUUGGCUCGGAGAGAAAUCCAGUCAAAUAAAAGCAGUCCAGUGGCCCAGAGGGUAUUUUUCCUGUUGCUUGGAAGACUGCACUGGUUGCUGCAAAGCUCAGGCCUGAGUGAGCAGGAAAACAAAAAAAAAAAAAAGCUGCCAUAGCCACCUUAGACUACCAGAUAAGUGCAUCAGAACCUUUCGAUAGCCAUCCCAGGCCUAAAGCCACAAGCUUCUUUUCUAUCCAGUCAGUAGCUGCAGUAGGCGGCGAGGAAGCCAGAGAAAUGGGGUAGUGGCAUUUCUCUAAAGCAGGUGAUUAAGGAUAUAUACAGUUAUACUUUUUUGCUGCUUUCUUUUUCUUCCAAGCCAAUCAGCCAGUUCCUAGCAAAGUCAGCAAAUGAAUGAGACCCGAGUCGUUUCUUGAUGUGAGCACUGGAGCUUUUCUUACAGCAGCAUGACAGGAAGGAGGAGAGGGUGAAGGAUGCCAGGCAUUUCCAGGGGCUAUACCUCCUUGUUUGUUGUUGCUUCGUUCUGUUCUGUUGUUGGUUGUUCAUAGUUUUUGUUGACGCUCUAGCUUAAGAAACUUAAAAAAAAAAAAAGACUGUUUGGGGAUUUUAUUUUUCCUUAUAUACUGAUUCUACAAAAUAGAAACUACUUCAUUUUAAUUGUAUAUUAUUCAAGCACCUUUGUUGAAGCUCAAAAAAAAAUUAUGCCUCUUUAAACUUUAGCAAUUAUAGGAAUAUUUAUGUAACUAUGUUAUGCUUCAGAAAAACAAAAGUAUUUGUGUGCGUGUGUAUAUAAUAUAUAUAUAUACAUAUAUAUUUAUACACAUACAAUUUAUGUUUUCCUGUUGAAUGUAUUUUUAUGAGAUUUUAACCAGAACAAAAACAAACAGGCAUUCCAUAUCAAUGCUUUGGAUCACUUACAAAUUUUUGAUUAACACAAAAAAAUCUCAUUCUACCUGCAGUUUAGUUGGAAAGAGAUAUGAGUAUGUGUGUGUGUGUUUGUAUGUGUGUGUGCACAUGCCCUGAGCAGUCAGCAUCACACCUGCUAUGGAGAAGGUAUUCCUUUACUAAAAAUCUUCCUCAUUUGGAUUUGCUUCGUUUUUCAAUUUGCUUACUGGCCAGAGACAUUGACGGCAGUUUAUCUGUAUCACUAAUCAGCUCCUGGAUUUUAUUUUUUUCAAACAACUGUUUGAAACAACUACUGGAAUAUUGUCCAUAAUAAGCUGGAAGUUUGUUGUAGUUUGCCUCAGAUAUAACUGACUGUAUACUAUAGUGUUAACUUUUCAAACAGCUCUUAGCACUUUUAUACUAAUUACCCAUUUGUUGCAUUGAUUUUUCUUUUAAAAAUGCUUGUUGUGAAAGACACAGAUACCCAGUAUGCUUAAUGUGAAAAGAAAAUGUGUUCUGUUUUGUAAAGGAACUUUCAAGUAUUGUUGUAAAUACUUGGACAGAGGUUGCUGAACUUUAAAAAAAAAUUAAUUUAUUAUUAUAAUGACCUAAUUUAUUAAUCUGAAGAUUAACCAUUUCUUUUGUCUUAGAAUAUCAAAAAAAGGAAAAGAAAAAGGUGUUCUAGCUGUUUGCGUCAAAGAAAAAAGAUUUAUUAUCAAGGGGCAAUAUUUUUAUCUAUUUCCAAAAUAAAUUUGUUAAUGAUAUGUUACCAAAAUAGAUUUACAUCAGCCUGAUUAAUAUAAAAUUUUUGUUGACAAAUCCAUUCCUGGCAUAAAAAGUAUCCAAAAAAUUGUAAAUGCUUGCUUUUUGUUUUUUUUUUUUUUUCCAAUCAUGGCCAUAUUAUGAAAAUACUAACAGGAUAUAGGACAAGGUGUAAAUUUUUUUUAUUAUUAUUUUAAAGAUAUGAUUUAUCCUGAGUGCUGUAUCUAUUACUCUUUUACUUUGGUUCCUGUUGUGCUCUGUAAAAGAAAAAUAUAAUUUCCUGAAAAAAUAAAAUAGAUAUAUGGCACUUGGAGUGCACCAUAGUUGUACAGUUUGUUUUCUUCAAAAAACAAGGCUGUAAAAGAAUUACCUGUACUUGUUUCUGGGCAGCCAGUAAACACUUCGAAUCUACAUUAUACAGUGUCACUUUCAAAAAAAGAUCCUGUGUCUGAGGGGAGGAAGAUGAAUUGUCCUUUUAAGAUUGUCAGCUCCAUGAGCCUCCAGCAUCACAAGCAGCCCCAGUGCUUCUCUCAAAGAUAUGCCUCUCCCAAGGAAUACAUGUAAAAAAGGUGCACCCCACGUCCCCACCCCAGCCCCCAGGAGGCUAAUCAAGAUUUCACCAGCUCACACGCUGUAGUGAUGGACUGUGUGUGGAAUGGUAAGGGGACGAAUCCGGCACUGUUAAGGGAGGUGAAAAAAAAUCAAAAACUCAAAAAUAAAGCUCUCAAGCGUG